AUUGUUGCCAACAUCGUCACGGUAAUCCCCCACCGGGCCCACUGGUGAGACACGUGGAAAUCGGGGUGUGACAGAAGACGCAAAGAGUUUUUCGUUAGACAACUUUGUUUGGCCCUUUAAGAUGUGGAUUCUAGAGGUGUUUCCGGAAUUCAAACAAAGGAGGGGGUAUUUCGAUGGUCAGUCCAUUCCGAGGUUUUUAGGAUGGCAAGAAGGACAAAAGCUGUGUGUUGAUGGGAUUUUAGCGAAUGCAAUAAAGAGACGUGAAUAUAAACCGCUAAACUUCAUACUACCUACUGAGUUUGAGGCCGAAACAGAGUGGUUCAUUUCAAGCUCUGAUUAGUUGGACCGUGAACGUCAAAUUUAUCAACCUGCUAUGCCGACUGAAUUACCCCCUCAAAUGCAACAUCCAAUCCAGCCAACUGAAAACUGCGGCCAGCAAAAAAUGAAGGAGUUCAUUGACCACUUGUUCGGUGAUGAUGAAGUACCAGUUCAGUUGCCUCAAAUGCACGGAUUAGCACCUGAAGUACCGGUUCAGAUGCAUGAUAUUCCGUUAGACACGGCUGACUUGCAACAGGAUGCUGCUCCCGGUCCGUUUUCGUCAGGAUUUUAUUCUGAAGAGCAGCUUGUUUCUAAAUUUCAGUCACUGAUGUUCGCAAACAACCGGGGGUUGACUGACAUGAUCAAGUCGGAGUUGUUGCAAAGUUUUCGUAUGGCUCCGGUUAAUACUCCAUGCUACACACGAACACCGAUGGAACAAUCACAAAAACAAGAUGAUAAUGCGGCAGCUGAUUCGUAUUUUAACUUCGAUAACGAUGUGUAUCAUGUGUCAAUAAAUCCCGAAAAUCUUACGGAAGAAGCCAAUGAGGAUCCGGAGAUGAUCAAACUGAGGCGUUCCGAAAGGCUUGUGAAGCCCGCCAAGUCUCUGCUAUCACCGUUUGUAGUUUACAGAAACAUUAAGCUGAAGCAAAAAAAGAUAGCAAAUGAUGAAGAUAAUUUAAUCAAAACGAUAAAAAAUUGGGCACCAACUAGCGGCGUUAGAGAACUAACCCUCACGGCAGGUGGAAGUGUUGGUCCUAAUUUCUGGGCGGCAUUGCUAGGCACUGACGAUGACGUGCCACAGCAGUCGGGACCAUUAGGGGACUGUGGGGUUUGGGUUUGUAUAUUUCUGGACCGGUUGAUUAACAAAAAACCACUAAAUAAUGGUGAAGACACAAGCAUAACGGCUACAAGGAUGAGGCGCCAUCUUGCGAUACUUUUCUACAACUCGCUUAUACCUAAACAAUCAGUCGACGAAAUAGAAGAGGACGAUAUUGAAUAUAUUUAA